AUGUUUAGUGAAUCUACGUGGACAAAUAAAUUAUUGGAUAAGAAAAAUAAUGGUGAUUUGUGUGUUCAAAAAGAAAAUAACUUUCGUCAAAUCCUCAUGAAAAAAAUAAUCAUCGAUUCUUCAGAGAGUUUUAUCAAAUUCGGCUCUCUUGUACAAUUGGCAAGGCAGCCCUCCGCCGUGAAAGAACUACGAUACUUAUCUUUGUCUGCAGAUUAUGUUUCUAUCUCUAUGUAUACCCAUUCUAUAGAUGAAUGUUCUAUCUUAACUCUUUCUUCAUCAAAUUAUCCAUGUAUAAGGAAUACUUUUGAGAUUUUUCCUUUGGAAGAUGAUUUAGUCAACUCUCCAUUAAAAUAUAAUCAAGACUUUUUACUUCGAUGUAUUUAUUGGGAGGAUAACAAACCCAUGGGGUUGAUGGCGUCUCCUAAUACAUGGGCAAAUGGAGAAAGGAAUCACGACAUUAAGUUAAAAAGAAUCGUUGGGAAUUCCCUAAGUCACUACCGUUGGAAAUUCAUUCAUCCUGACUGUGAAGUAAGGUUGGAAAUGGAAGGAGAAUACAUCCCAUUCAACAAAAAAGUUAUCCUUGUUCACAGUUUAACCAACAGAAUACUAACAAAUGAGGGUACAUCAGUCAGGACUAUUUUUGAUGCCACCAUGCUGCAUAGUGAGGAAUUGUAA